AUGCACGCAGUAUUUAUUUAGUCAGUCACGGAGAACGGCGGGGAAAAGAAAGAUAGUGUCGCGUCAGUUUCGAGAUUAUAAUUUUUGUUCGGCUUCAGUUGUGAAUUUUUUAACAACGAAAAUGUCUGGCAAAAAGGUCUUUCACGUUCAAACAGUCUUGGGCCUAGUGGAUGUCAAUGAACUGGGUCGGACCCUCACUCAUGAGCACGUCUCGGCCACGGUGGCUGAAAAGCCGGAGGUUUUCUACCGACCUGCUCCGGACAACGUCGCUUCUUUGCCCAGUUUCAAUGACAAAACAAUUACUCUGGAAAACGCAGGCAUCGUGCGCCAGUAUCCGUACAGUAACGUCUUCAACAUGGCAUUCCAGGACUCUUUCAGCCACCAAGCGGUCGUGGAAGAUUUGAAAAUAUUCAAAAACUCUGGUGGUGGGACCAUCGUGGAGAACACUUGCCCUGGUAUAGGCAGGAAUGUGGAGUUCAUGGUGCACGCCAGCAAGGCUGCUGGGCUGCACAUCAUUGCAGGAACUGGAUUUUAUGUAAAGGAGGCGUACCGUGGACAUGAGGCGUUAUUGGGCAGCUCAGUUGAGGAGUUGGCGAAGACAAUCAGGACCGAUUUAACAGAGGGUUGCCCUGAAAAGCCAGAGGUCAAGUGUGGUGUCAUUGCAGAAGUUGGCAGUGGUUGGCCCAUCAGUGUUUUUGAGAAAAGGGCCAUUCAGGCGACAGCCAUCGUGCAGGCCGAGCUGGGAUGUGGCGCCUCUUUCCACCCUGGCCGAGAUUCUGGCGCCCCUGAGGAAAUCGCCCGCAUCUAUCUGGAAGCAGGCGGCGCCAAAGACAAAGCCGUCUUGUCCCACUUGGACCGCACCCUCCACACCAAGGAGGACCUCCUGAGUUUUGCCGAGACCGGGUUCUACUGCCAGUACGACCUGUUCGGCCAGGAGACUUCGCUCUACCAACUCAACAACCAGGUGGACAUGCCUUCGGACGCGGAGCGCGUGAACCGAAUCAAGUGGCUCGUCGAGGACGGACGCGCCGACAAAAUCACCGUCGCCCACGACAUCCACACCAAACACCGCUUGCUUAACUACGGAGGUCACGGAUAUGCUCACAUCCUCUUGAACGUGGUGCCACAGAUGAGGGUCAAAGGACUCUCUGAUGACGUCAUCAACGGCAUUUUGAUUAGGAACCCUCGAACCUGGCUCGGCGUGGACCCGAACUACCAGCCAAAAGCAAUUACUUUACUUUAAAAUGCUUAAUAGAGUAUUAAUGAGUAUUAAGAGUGAGUUAUGUUGGUUGUGCAAAUUUAAUGGAAUUAAAAUAGCUUGGAAAAUGUUUAUAUGAGUUUAUAAAUAAAAGAAAUUGUAAAUAAAAAUUAGAA